ACGCUCAAACGAUGAAGAGAAUCGAGUAGAAGCACCUGUGGGUAACCGACGAUGCUUGUAGAACUUUUAUGAGUCGCAAUUGUCCAGACUUUCAUGAACUGUGAUACAGCUUAUUGAGCCAUGCAAAAUACAGGGUAACUAUUCUACUUUGAGAUCUUCCCUCAUUGAAGUACAGCUGAUUGGCACGAGGUGAGACGCCAGUCCUCUAUUAGGAUGCGAAACUCGCGGGAGUCGUCCAGCUUUCCAAUGUUUUCCAAACUCAGUCUACAUUUGUUUUACCCCAAACGCCAAUGGAUCCGUGCCUUGUUCUACCUCUGUAUAAUUAUGUAUGUUGGUUUGUGUUAUGUAUCGAGAAAACAUCUACUUCCGCUGGCACGAAUGCUGACAAACAAUAAGACCAUUCGAGAGGUAGACAAUGAACAUCUGAAAUUUACCUGCAUCUGGAGCGUCGUGGACCGGCGGGAAAAAUGCAAGCCUCGGUGUGGACACGGCUAUUUUGGUCUCUAUGGAAUGACGAAAUGUCAACCGUGGUUGUCAUGUGAGGAAAUAGACCAGCUCAAAAUGCGAGGGGGAAUCGGGCACCACGGCUACGUCAAAGAGAUUUGGCGCUCGCACUGGAACACAUUCCCUGUGGUCGUCAAGAAAUUAAGGAGGAACGAUAUUGCAGGUAUAGUCGGAAAAGACGGCUACUUUAAGGGAAUAGAUCUCAUGAAAAAUUUCUUCCAGCCAUCAGUUUUGCUUCAGUUAGUUGGCCAUUGCAAUGACGUCAUUGUAACGGAAGUUCACCCGUUACUGGAUGCGCAAGACAUAGAAAACCGGUGGAAAGAAUAUCCCACAUACAAUACUGUGUCGACCAGACUAGGUAUGUGUAUAACGUACGUGGACAUACUCAAAGUACUACAGUCAGGGACUGAUGGGAAAAUCUAUGUUCAGUGUGACGCUCCUUCACUGAAUAAAUUAACACAGCAAUUUCUGAUAACGGAAGACUUCCGCUUGGUGCUCAGUGAUGUGGAUUCUAUAGAAACCAUUUUGUUGAAUGGAACAAACAGACGACUGAUCAAAUGUACGGAUUGGGGAGAAUUGCAUGGUCACUUCUCCGCGCCAGAACAGCUGUGGCCCUACAACGAGAGCUUUCAAGCCGACAAAAUGCCAUUGUAUGACGAAAAGAUUGAAAUUUGGAAAAUUCCCGAUGUGUGUUUGUUCUUUCUGGGUGAAGAUCCGUCUGCAUUCUUGGUGAAACGUUCUCUUAAGAAUAUUCAUAAACAGUGCAAAAACCAGGACCCCCGGAAAAGACCGUCCGCCGAAGAAGUGCUGCAAGUCUACAUCCGGGUUUUACGUGACGUGGUAGGAACUACGAUGAACGUGACGCUCUAUUCGUCUCAACAGGAUAACUAAGAGUAGAUAAGACAUUUUGCGACAUUGCUGCAUUACAGGAUAGUUCAGUGCGCAUUUGUUCAGUUGCUCCACUCUCCACUCAUGUAACAUAGAAGGAAGACAAAGCAUAGGACGCGGCGUCAGGAAUGAGGACAUAUUUUCCCGCCAGAAUCUUCGGUCCCUUAUUUAACAUCGUGUAUGUAUGUCUGUGGACUAUGCUAUGCAUAUAUGUUAAUACUACCGAACUAGCUACUAUCUACUAUUGUGAUAGCCUUCUUUUUGUUGGUCAGUACCAUAAAUGUGUAAUGACUGCUA